UUUACUUUUGUUUAUUGAAAAAAAUGUAUUGUAUUGGCAAACCUGGUAGUUUAAAACCAAAACGGAGCGAAGUUCGGUGAAUUUUUCUCUCAUGAUCGCAUAUUUUAAAGUAAAAAAAUGAGGUUAACACCACAACAACUUUUGAUGCCAUUGUUAGUAGGAUUUUCUCUAACAGGUGUCAGUUGUAUUUUAUUAUACUUUUUCACACGAAAGGAUGAAGAUGAGGUGAGUGAUCGACGAAAAACACGGAUUGCAACAUCAAGACAGAGUGAAAUUCAAAUAAAAAUUCCUCGUUCAUCAAUUCCUGCAAUUAUUGGACGUGGUGGAUCGAAAAUUAAAGAAAUUCAAGAGAAUACGGAAACUCAAAUUAAAUUUGGCGAGGAAACAGAUGUCGAUGCACCGGAACGAAUUUGUAAAAUACAAGGAAAACCGGAAAGUAUUCGUUUAGCUGAGGUUAUGAUUUUGGAUAUUAUACGAAAUCAGCCAGUUAUUGAAAUUUAUGAAAUGAUGGUUGCACAAAAAUAUAUUGGACGAAUAAUGGGCAAGGGAGGAGAUUCAAUUCGUCUCAUUCAAGCUACUUCCAAUGCUAAAAUAACAGUAGAUCCCACUGGGCAUCAAGAUCCAAACACAGAAAAGAGAGUCAUUAUUAAAGGAACGGCAGAGCAAAUAGCAUCAGCUGUCACUUUAAUUGAGGAUAAAAUUCGUGAGGACAAAGAAGCCAGGGAAAAAUUGGAAUCUAACGUGAGACAACCGAGAAGUAACAAAUCUCCAUCUCCACGAAACAAUGGAAUGAAACAAGAAGAUAAUGAAAAUACAUUUGAAAAGAGAAAACCUAUGGAAAGUGAAAAUUUUGACAAUAAAUACAAUUUUAAUGAACAAAUUAAAAAUACCGAAGAACAUUUUGUCAAUGACGUUGAGUCAAAUCAAAACGAAAAUGUUGAAAAAGAAUACAAAAAUAUUGGAAAACCGGAACAUUCUACAGUUUCUAAUUCUGAAUUUGUAGCAGAAUCUUUACCCGCACAAGACAGUACCAUGGAAAUUUUCGUGAGUGCUUGCGAAACUCCGAGUCAAUUUUUCGUGCAAGUUUAUGGUUCAGGUACAGUGGAACUUGACAAAUUGGUAGAGAAAAUGACGACUUAUUAUGACAAUAAAGAAAAUGCGGAACUUCAUGCUUUAAAGAAUAUAACAGUUGAUCAAAUGGUGGCUGCCAAAUUCUGUUACGAUGCACGAUGGUACAGAUCUGAAGUCAUCUCGGGUCCCGACAAGGACGGUGAAUAUCAAGUUUUCUUCCUUGAUUUUGGAGAUCGUGCCACUGUCCCAAGAAGUGAUAUCCUUGAGCUUCGUACCGAUUUUCUCAGCCUCCGAUUGCAGGCAAUCGAAUGUUCGCUGGCCAACGUAAAACCUCGUGGAGGAGUAUGGAGUGAAGGAGCUUGUGACAAAUUUGCCGAUUUGACGCAUACAGCUCAAUGGAAACGAGUUUACGCCAAAAUCAAAGGAUACAACGAAAGAGCAAUUGGAUUCGGAAGAUCCCGUCGAGAAGGAUCUCCCAUUCCCAGUAUUGUUAUUUACGAUGUUAUUGAUAACAAGGAAGUCGAUGUGGCAAAAGAAUUAAUAAAUGAAAAUCUUGCUGAACUCGAUGAGGAAGUUUUAUCAGCUGCUAGUUCAACAAUUUCCAUAUCGAGACGCAAUAAUCCUGAUUUGAGAAAAAGUCCCACACCAACAUCUGUGAAAAAUUCAGUUCAAUCGGGAAAAACUAAUAAAACCAUUCAGGAAAUCGAUUUGACAACGCCGAUUAAAGGCAAUAAGAAAAUUGAGGAAAUUGAUUUAGUGAGUCCAGUGACAAAUCAAACGUCACAAUUUAUCAGUAAUGAGAAAAGAUCAUUUACUGAAAAUGGUAGCGGAGCUCAUUCACAAGUCAAUAGAAAUUCUAAAUCUUCCAAUAUUAUGCCAGCCGGUUAUGAUAGUGAUCGAUCGUCAGAAUCCGAUUUUGAGUUGGAAUAAGAAAAUUGACGAGUUUUAGUCAGGUUUAUGUUUUCGUUUUUUCAAAUUUUUAUAUUUCUUUUCUUUUUCUUAUUCAGUGAAACCAAAUGUAAACAAAUCAUCUGAUUAUUAAUAUUUUAAAGGUAAAAACUACUCAACUACUUUCUUCGACGAUUUAAAAUAAUGUAAAUAUAUAUAAGAAAAGAAGAAAGUUAAUGACUAGUUUGCCGCGUUAUUAUUUUUCUAAAGUGAAUUAGUCAAUAGAUGAUUUUUGUCAAUAAUAUUAAUAAUUUCUUCAUUUUACAGAAGAGAUUUUUGUUUUGUUAUUCCAAAAAUUUGCAGACUAUUUCAUUUUUUUAAAAAAUGCGAUUAUUUUAAAAGAAAGAAAAAGGAAAAAAAUGUUAAAACAAUGAAUUAUUCUUUGAUGUAAUUUUCCAAUUUUUAUUUUAUAAUUAUUCUUCGUCAAACUCAGGAACGUUUCUCAAGUGCCUUAAUAUUAUUUUCAUCAGAAAGCGAUGAUACUUUCGCCUUUAUUUUCUUAUAGACUUUGUUACGCAAUUUUUUUUUCUUAAUUCAAAAAAUGACGAAAUCUAUACAAAUUCAAGUGAUACGAACGAACGGUAUUAUAUAUAGUCUAUAAACUAAAAAAAAAUUAAGCAUUAACUUUUCAAUUAUUAACCUUUAAAGUGUGGAAAAAAUACGUGAGACGUAUUUUCAUGUUUUAGGGGACAAAAAAAAAGAAAUUUAUUUCUGUAUGUUAAAAAUAUUAUUAAAAUUCGCUGCUUCGUUGUACAUAUAUAAAAAUAGUUAAUAGUUUAAUCGCAAGAAAUAAAUUUACGUAUUAUAACAAUAACAAAUGA